CUUCGAACGGUGUUCGGCAAAUAUUAUCGUUUCGCGGUCUGACGACCUGGCUGACGUUCGCACCUCUUCAACCGUCAACGCCGACACCUACCGCAGACACCCCUGCUCGAUCUCUUGCGCUCGUUUACGGUCAGUACGAUCAGCGCAGUCCUACCUGUCGAGUCGAAUCCUUUCAUGCUCAGUCCAGUUCUAGAAAUAGUUCUUAGCUAAUUUAAGUUCAUCACAUUUUGAAGUGGCCGUGUUUAAUUUUAAGUGAGCAAAAUUUGAAAACUGUCUAGGCAUAAAUUAGUUACUCUCAUACCAUUUUCAAUAUCAGUGGAUUCGUUCGGUUAUCAAAUUACUGUAAUAAGGAUGGGAAGAACGUUACCAACUCUGUUCGUCUGCAAGGUUUGCGGCGACCGAUCCUACGGCAAACACUACGGUGUUUACUGCUGCGACGGUUGCUCGUGUUUCUUCAAACGGUCGGUGCGUCGCGGCGCGGUUUUCACGUGCAUAGGUUCGCGAAACUCGUAUUCCCUUUCAUCUCGAACCCGUGAUUCUGAUUUAGUUUUCUUUGCAGCCGGCACCGGAUCUUGUGCCGUCGAUAAGGCGAGACGCAAUUGGUGUCCGCAUUGCCGCCUGAAGAAGUGCUUCACGGCUGGCAUGAACACGGCAGGUAAGCCAAACUUCGAUCGAAUCGGGUACGGAAACAAGUACUUACGUCGCGCUCGACGAAACGAGAUGCAAACAAUUGCCAAGCGUCGUAAUUCCCCCUUGUCUAAAAAAAGGCACUGUCGAUUAUUGGGUUCAAUCACGUAUUCGGACGAAGUCAGUUAGUGAGUACAUUUAUGUGAUCAAAGUUUUAUGAGUGUAUACAUUGUAAUCUUCAGAUGUUUCAUUUGUCCGAAUACGCAUCCACUCAAAUCCACUGUAACCGUAAGCCUAAUGCAUUUCUUGGCAAGUCGGGGGAAAGUAAAAUGAAGAGCGAGUACACAUCUCAGGACUCCUAGAAUUGAUUAAUAGUACAUUACGAUACAAGUGCGCAAAGUAGUUGAUUCGCGCACGAACGAAACGGGCUUGCUAAAAAAGCAAGUGUGGGUACAUCUACGCAGGGCACGCGUAUCGUAUACUAUUUUUCCUAUUAAGUGCGCAAAGCGGUGGCGCGAGGGCGGGAAAGGGGGGUUGCGGGGA